AUGAAAAUUCGAUUACAUAUAGCUGCUAUCAAUUCGAAUAAUAUAAAUAAUAACCCAUUUCAACCUGGUUCCAGUGACGUUGAUUGGUGUGAACCGAAUUAUGUUGUCACUGAAUAUAUUGCUGAAUUUUGGAAUACAGUAUCCAAUAUAUUCUUCUUUUUGGUUCCACCAUUAAUGAUUAUUUUAUUUGCAUCUUAUUCAAAACGAGUUGCUAAUGGAAUAACAAUACUUUGGAUUUUAUUAAUUGUUAUUGGCAUUGGUUCUGUUUAUUUUCAUGCUACACUUAGUCUUGCUGGACAGUUAGUAGAUGAAAUAGGUAUUCUUUGGGUACUUAUGGCAGGUUAUGCAUUAUUUUUACCAUCAAUAUAUUCACCUCCAUCACUUCGUGUUCAACGUGUGUUUUAUACAUGGAGUUUGAAAAAUCGUCCACUACAACAUAGAUUUACUAUUAGUUGUAUUAUAUUGACUCUUAUUGUUACUUGUUUUGGUGCUGUUUAUCCAUAUGCAAAUUCAUUUGUUUUAAUGAUUCUUGGUCUACCUGCAAUUGCUUUUAUAGUUAUACAUGUGUCAAAAUGCGAUAAUCGUCGUAUUAAAAAUCUUGGCAUUCAUUGUGUAGGUAUGUGGGCUAUUGCUGUAACAAUAUGGAUAUGUGAUCGAAUGUUUUGUUCAUUUUGGAUUUCAAUAUCAUUUCCUUAUUUACAUGCUAUAUGGCAUGUCAUAAUUUUAUUUAGUAGUAAUGAAGCUAUUGUUAUAUGUGCAUAUUUAGUUAUAAAAUAUCACUAUCCACAAGCAAAUCUUGUUGUAUAUGCAUGGCCAAAUGAAGAAUGGGGAUGGUUUACUUUACCAUAUUUAAAAUUUCAUGAUGAUACUAAUUAUUUAGCAUCACCAACGAAUAAUUUUGUAACAAAGUCUAUUGUUUAA